GGCCUCCCAGCUUUUCAGGAGGAAAAAUCCUAAGGAAAGGAUUUUUCAGAAAAUAUCAUGGCUACACAUUUUCAAACUUUGGAGCAGCCGCUGUUGAGAUAUUCUCCAGGUGUUCACUGCACUUUCCAUUUCCCCGGCACAGAUGUUUUACCGGAGCACAUCAACUACCCGCUGCAGGACGCGGAUUUCCAGGCGGGCCCGUACUGCCAGUACUCGGCGGUGCCGGUGCCAGCGCUGCAGCCGCAGCCCGGCCCGGCCCCGUACGGGCCCUACAGCCUGGAGCCGCCCUACGGCGACGGGCCCUGCGUGGGCAGCAGCUGCGAGCUCAGCAAGGGCCCCUUCCCGGCUCCCCACGGGGAGGACGGGGCGUUCCAGGCGCUCAAGAGGCCGCGGUUGAACGCGGCGGUGAGGCUGAAGGGGCAGGAGGAGCUGUGCGUGGUGUGCGGGGACAAGGCCUCGGGCUAUCACUACAACGCGCUGACCUGCGAGGGCUGCAAAGGCUUCUUCCGGCGCAGCAUCACCAAGAAGGCGGUGUACCGCUGCAAGAGCGGGGGGCACUGCGAGAUGGACAUGUACAUGAGGAGGAAGUGCCAGGAGUGCCGCCUCAAGAAGUGCAGAGCUGUGGGAAUGCUGGCAGAGUGUUUGCUGACUGAAGUCCAGUGCAAGUCAAAGCGACUCAGGAAGAAUUUCAAGCAGAAGAGCAGUUUCCUUUGCAACAUAAAGCUGGAAGAUGAGGGACUGAAUAGUAAGCAAGUAUCAUCUACAACAAGAUCUGGAAAAAUAUCAGAAAAGAUGGAACUUACUCCAGGAGAACAUCAGCUUCUUGACCACAUUGUAGCAGCUCACCAAAAAUACACAAUUCCCCUUGAGGAAGCCAAGAAGUUUCUACAGGAAACUGCAAGCCCUGAGGAAAGUUUCCUCCACCUGUCUGAGACAGCUGUUGUCCAUGUCCAGGUGUUGGUGGAUUUCACAAAAAGACUCCCAGGGUUUGAGAGUUUAGCCAGUGAGGACCAGAUUGCUCUGCUGAAAGGAUCCACAGUGGAGGCAAUGUUCUUGAGAUCAGCCCAAAUCUACAACCAAAGAAGGAGCGAGUGCCAGCCAUCAACCAGUGAAAGUCAUGUAAGACUUUCUGAUCACGGGACAUGUUGUCAUGUUCAAAGCCUUGAUAAAAGCAAUAUUUAUUCCAUGGAAAUGUGUCAUAAUAAAGAGAGGCCAACUUCUACUACUACCACAGGCAUAACUGAGGAGUUCAUCACCGCCCUAUUCUACUUCUACAGAACCAUGGGGGAACUCAAAGUGACCGAGACCGAAUACGCUCUGCUCGUAGCAACAACAGUGUUCUUUUCAGACCGCCCGCUGCUGAGGGACAAGCGCCACGUGGAGGAGCUGCAGGAGCCGCUGCUGGGGAUCCUGUACAAGCACUCGAAGCUGCAGCACCCGCGGGACCCGCAGCGCUUCGCGCGGCUGCUGGGGCGCCUCACGGAGCUGCGCUCGCUCCGCCACGCCCACGCGGGGGCGCUGCGCGCGCGGGACCCGCGCCUGGCCGCGCCGCUGCGCGACCUCUGGGACCUCCACUAGGGGGCGCCAACGCCGCCGGCCCGCGCGCCCCUUCCCGCCUGGGCCGCGCGCCGGCGCUUCCCGCCCUUUUCGCCCUCCCUCAGCGGCCGCCGUGAGGCGCCGGUGCCGGGCUCGCUGCUGGUGUCGGUGCCGGUGGCGAUGUCGCUGUUGGUAGAAGUGUUGGUACCAGUGCCGGUGCUGGCAUCGGUUUGGGUGCCACGCUCAGUGCCGGUGUCAGUGCUGAUGUUAAUGUCAGUGCCGGUGUAGGUGGUGGCGGCAAUGUCACUGUCGGUACAAGCAUUGAUGUCGGUACCCGUGCCGGUGCUGGUGCUGGUAUCGGUUUGGGUGCCAUGCUCAGUGCUGGUGGUGAUGUCAGUGCCAGUGCUGGUUGUCGCUGCUUGUGUCAGUGUCAGUAUUGGUACCAGUGUUGGUAUUGGUGCCAGUGGUGAUGUCAGUGCCGGUAUCAAGUGUUGGUGUCACCGCUUUUCUCCAGGCCCACCGAGGAAAGCCCGUUCAAACCACUCGUGUGGCAGUCCCUGAGCACCGGGCAGGGCCCACACCCAAAGCCCGGUGACCCCUUGGGCCGUGGGGCUGUGUUGGAUCAGUGGUGCCACCAGCCGGCCCUGGCCUGGCUGCAGCGGGCAGGGGACACUGACAGGGACAUGGGGACACUGCUGGGAGCCCCGGGCAGAGUCCUGACCUGAGCACACUCAUCCCAGCCUGUCCUGGGAAUGUUCAAGGCCAGGUUGGACCAGACUUGGAGCAAUCUGGGAUGAUGGAAAGUGUCCCUGCCCAUGGCAGAGGUGGCACUGGAUGAGCUUCAAGGUCCCUCCCAACCCAACCCAUGGUUCUGUCUGUGAAAUUCGCUGGAGUCAUUUCUCUGCAGACUGCCAAGACUGGUGCUGGAAGGAACAUCUUUGACUUCAAUUUCAAAGACUUCUGCCGUUAUUCUCUAUCAAGACUGAAGGAAAUCAUCUUCUCGAUCAUCUGCUCUGUGUUGUAGCUGCACAUCACCGAUGAUAAAUCCACGUUUGAUGUGGGUGAUUCAGCAGUGAGCAGUGCCCCACUUGGAUGCUUGCACUGGCUUUGAAGUCCUGCUUACACCAGACCAAAUGUGCAGUGGAAAUGUUCUGUCACCACACUGAGAAUUGAACAAAUUAUUGUUUCAUGUUGAGGUUCCUUACAGAAUAUGUUUAGAUUCAAACGUGAUAUUCUGACAGGAGAUGAGUUACACUAUUUAUCCUAUUUUUUUGUGACUUGAAAACCUUGUAAAAUGGCAUUUUCAUGCUAAAACAUAAUCAGAUGUGGUGUUUAAAACUACCCAUGGGAGUAAAGAAAAAAAUAAAU